AUGGAGUUCAUCGAAGAAAGCAUAAGUUUAUACAACGAAUCAUUCGAUCAAACCAACUCAACUGACCUCGACGAUGGGGAUGAAGUUCUUCCUACCGGCGUGAAGAUCACCAUAGCAGUGGUGUACAUGAUAGUAUGUGUAGUUGGUCUCAUCGGCAAUAGUUUGGUGAUGUACGUGAUAAUCAGGUACACCAAAAUGAACAGCGCCACAUACAUCUACAUCUUCAACCUGGCCUUGGCAGACUUCCUGGUGCUGGCAACUCUUCCAUUCCAGGGCACCGAUGUCCUACUGGACUUUUGGCCCUUCGGCCUGAGUCUCUGUAAGAUAGUGGUCAGCAUUGACUAUUACAACAUGUUCACCAGCGUCUUCACACUGACUGUGAUGAGCAUGGACCGAUACAUCGCCGUGUGCCACCCUGUACGUUCACUCGUGGUGCGCACCACCUCAAAGGCCAAAGUGGUCAACGUAGGGGUGUGGGCACUCGCCUCUGCCAUAGGAGUGCCAGUUAUGGUGAUGGGGCAGCUGGAAGUGGAACCCAAUGGUAGUAUUGAGUGCAUGGUGGUUCUGCCCAGACCUCACCGGUACUGGGAGCCUGUCUUCGGCAUGUGUGUGUUCCUCUUCUCGUUCAUCGUGCCCGUGGCCAUCAUUAGCGUGUGCUACGGGCUGAUGGUGCGGCGUCUGCACAGCGUGCGCCUUCUCUCUGGCUCCCGGGAGAAGGACCGCUACCUGCGCCGGAUCACGCGCAUGGUCCUGGCCGUGGUGCUGGCCUUCGUGGUGUGCUGGGCGCCGGUGCAAGUGCUGGCCCUGGUCCAGGCGCUGGGCAGCGUGGACCUGGGCGGCAGCGAGGCCCGCAUGGUGGCCAUGCACUUCUGCAUCGCGCUAGGCUACGCUAACAGCAGCCUCAAUCCCCUCCUCUACGCCUUCCUGGACGAAAACUUCAAGCGGUGCUUCCGCUCCUCCUGCCCGCACCGCGGCCUGGGGGGCGGCACGGACGCGUCAGGGAGGAAGUCGUCGAGGAGGAGCAAGUGGUUCGGUGGGGAGGAGCACAAAAACGGCAUCGCGCAUGGAGAGAUGGAAAUGGCUGAGGGAAAUCAUAGGCAGUAGUGAGAAUAGGCCUUGAAGAGGAGCACUUCACAGUCAUCAGGCCAGUGGUAGGCUAGCGGUGUGGCUAAGGAGCUGAGCUAGAAAAAUUGUGCUCCAUUACUGCCACCGAUGUGCCCUUGAGCAAGGCACUUAACCCUGAGCUGCUCUGCUCUGGGGA